GAUUGCGUUCCUUCUGUACGAAAUCCUUUGCAAGGUAUACGGCCCAGUCCGGGAACGCAGCCACGGCGUUGAUCAUAAGGAUGAGGAAGAUGACGAAAGUGGUGAUAGUGAGGACAGCUUGUCAUUCUUAGCCGAGGAAGAUGACCUACAUGGCGCUAGCGAGGACUGCUCGCCAAUCGCCUCCGAAGACGAUGAGGAAGAUGACCCACAUGGCGCUAGUGAGGACUACAUUCCGUUCUCCUCCUUCUGACAGCGAUGAAGAAGAAGACCAACAUGGCGAUAACGAGGACUGCUCGUCAUUCUUCUCCCUCUCCUCUGACGAUGAAAAUGACCAAUGUGGCGAUAGGGGGGACUUCUCGUCAUUCCCCUCCUCCUCUGACGAUGGUGGGGAAUAUGACGAAAGUGGUGAUACGGAGGACGACCUGUCCUCUUCUUCCGAUGAAGAGGAGGACAAAGACAACAAACCUCCUCCAUUCCUGCAUUGGGACUGGAGCUUCCUGGACAAAUGCAAGGGAAGGAUGGCGCAACUGCCCGACCUACACCUACUUGCCUGCGUGCGCGAGUACCUCCUCACCGUGUACGGGACCAUGAUCGCCAUUCACGGGAAGGCCCGUCUCCUUUGCAUUCCAGAAGCAUGGAGAUACCCGGAAUUUGAGAAUGCGCGUCUGUUGGGUGCCAGAGGAUUUCCCGACCAAGGCGGGUAUUGUCCCGGUUGGAAUGACGUCGGGAGAUGGUCGGGUUGGAGCAAACCUCUUGUGUCGUUGAUGGCGACGGCUGGCCUUGACCUUCUCACAAGCACCCUCACAUCACGCAGGAGGGCGUUCCGGAAGUUCAUGCGAAACUUCGAAAAAGAGGUUAAGCACAAGCGUCCUAUCGUACGAUACACCGACAUCGGCCCUUCUUCUCGAUUUGAGCUGGGUCGUGAUAGUAGAUGGACUUUCGACUCGCCUUGGCACUGCGGUGGGCUUAUGAGCCUCUACAGGCAACGGGCUUGGCCAUUAUUUGACGACGACCGAUUGUAUCCUGGGUCAGGUGGACUUCCGUCUGCCCGUGAAUAUUGGGGGUUGUAUAGUGAACGGGGAUAUUCUAUCACCGGGAUUGGCACCGACGCAGGCAGCAGCGACUACGACGAAGACGACGAUGCCGCCGUUUAUGCUCGGGGGGAGCUAAUCAGCUACGGGGCUAUACUUUACCCGUCUAUCUCAGCCAAGCUCGUACCUUUUUGGCAUCGAGCAAUCGUUUCAUCAGCUAUUUAAUCCAGCGUUGAUAGGCCAAGGUAAUCAGAGUAAACAAGACAUGUGACAAAGAUGGCGAAAAGAAUGUAGCAG